UACUAUAUAUCGGCAGUUUUUUUGUAAUCGAUAGUGCAGCAGGCAGCUGGUGCAGUCCACCGUAAUAAAGUUCCCGGAAAAUCUUUCGAUGGCUUAAUGUGAUAAGCAUUCUUCCUUCCCAGGCUUUCGUAUCACAGUGACAAUCUGCCGUCCGCAUUUUUGCAACAGCAAUCGGCCACCUUGAUCUCCCAGCACGAUUAAGCUUCACAUACAUACUGAAAUCUGCUACAACUCCUGCUUGGCAUUUGUGAUUAACUUUACCUGGACACAACCGGUUGAUAGCUAUUAAGUCAGCCGUAAAGAUGAUAAUUACAUUUUCGACACUUUUCGGUUUGACUUGCCUUGUUGCCCAUUUCCCGCAAGCACUGGGCGCGACAGUUUCUUGCUACCAUUGCGACAGUCACGCCGGCAUGGCGUGCGGACUAACAGCCGGCUGGAGGGUGUCUGAUCUGGAGAAGCAUGUUAAGCCGUGUCCGGAGGGUUUCUGUUACACAUACGAAAGUAGCGAAGUGUUUGCGGGAAAACAGUUUGACAUUAAGCGCGGCUGCGGUCGGCUGCCGUGUACCGCACUUCCCUACAAAGGCAAUAUUUCGGCACUGUGCGACGAAGACAGCGAGGGCAAUCGGAAAGACAAGAACCUUCCCUCUGGUCCGCCGUUUAAUCAGCUGUACACCUUCACCGCCGAGGUGCUGACGCAGACCGGCCGACUGCAGUACUGCGAUACCGAUCGGUGUAACAAAGAACCAACCCACUUUGCGCUGGAAACGGAAUUGGCCAGUGAGGGACCGCCUCCUUACUGCAACACCUGCAAAGGUCCUGUCAACGGGUCGUGUGGUCUGUUAGGAGCUGACGAGGGAACUGUUCCAUCCAAUCGAUGUGAUCUCGGACAUUGCUUUACAUACGUCUGGGCGGAAAACGAUGGCAGUGUGCCGAAGGUCUGGCGCGGCUGUGGACCGGUGGCCUGCAAGAACGUCCCCGGCGCCCAGGGCUCCGUCGGGCUGUGCGAUAGCGAGGACAAGUUAGAGCCGGUCGAUACCAGCAGCGGCGACCCGUACACCAUGAUCCGCUCGUUUUCCGCGCCGGGGCCUAAUGGAAAGGUACGCGCCGGCACGGUGCAGUACUGCAAAAGCGGAUGGAAAUGCAACUGGCGGCCCGUCAGGAAUUUCCAGUUGAAACACUUCUACCCCGGACAGUCGCCGACCGUUCAGGAAGUAGUGGAUAAACUUCGUGCAGCGCCACGAAAUGUUCACGCGUCUCUCACGACGGGUGAAAGGGUGGCCCAGGUCUUCCGGAAUAUGGAUACCAAUGGCGAUGGCAAACUGGAUGAAGCAGAAUUCAGAAAAGGCCAGCAUCUGUUGUGAAUGUUUAUCAGUUGGCAAUAGACGAUUCGUUUAACUAUAAGCCUGCGCUGAUAAAAGACUUAAUAGUUCAAUGCUUUUUUUUUUCUAUCCAUCCGUUAUGUAAUGAAACGACUUACAGAAAUAAUUACGUCAAACUGAUGGAAUCCACGAAUGUCAUGUUGAUGCGCGAUGUGAAAGCGAGGAAAUAAAAUAGAAU